CCCCGAGGCCUGUCCUGGUGAAAAUCACCAUGUUAGCAGAUUUAGUGGAGGAACUGAAGAAGACUGGACUCCAAGCUGCUCCUGCUGAUCACUGCUAUGCUGGACCUGAAGAUGUGGCCUGUGAUGUCUGCACUGGAAGAAAAAUGAAAGCCUUCAAGUCCUGUUUAGUCUGUCUGGCAUCUUACUGCGAGAAACACCUUCAGCCUCAUUAUGAUGUGGUUCCAUUAAAGAAACACAAGCUGGUGGAGCCCUCCAAGAAGCUCCAGGAGAACAUCUGCUCUCGUCAUGAUGAGGUGAUGAAGAUGUUCUGCCGUACUGAUCAGCAGAGUAUCUGUUAUCUCUGCCCUGUGGAUGAACAUAAAGACCAUGACACAGUCUCAGCUGCAGCAGAAAGGACUGAUAGGCAGAGAGAGCUGGAGGUGAGUCGACAAUACAUCCAGCAGAGAAUCCAGGACAGAGAGAAAGAUGUGAAGCUGCUUCAACAGGUGCUGGAUCCCAUCAAUCAGUCUGCUGAUAAAACAAUGGAGCACAGUGAGAAGAUCUUCACUGAGCUGAUCCAUCUCAUCCAGAAAAGAUCUGAUGUAAAGCAGCAGAUCAGAUCCCUGCAGGAAACUGAAGUGAGUCGAGUCAAAGAGCUUCAGGUGAAGCUGGAGCAGGAGAUUACUGAGCUGAAGAGGAAAGAUGCUGAGCUUAAGCAGCUCUCACAUACAGAGGAUCACAUCCAGUUUCUACACAACUACCCCUCACUGUCAGCACUCAGUGUGUCUACAGACUCAUCCAGCAUCAAUACCCAUCCUCUGAGGUACUUUGACAUAGCUGCUGUCACAUCCUCAGAGGUCCUCGGUCCUCCAGAGUAG